AUGAUUUUCAAACGUUGCGCAAGUUUUAGCUGUAAACUGACCAGAAUAAAAAAAUACAAUGUAGUUUAUAGGAGGUUUGUUACUACCAAGCAUCCAAUUGUUCUGGGUAUUGAAACCAGCUGCGACGAUACGGCAGCGGCAAUAGUAUCGAGCGAUGGAAAAGUUUUAGGUGAAUUUGUCAACUCCCAGCAAAACUGCCAUUUGCGAUUUGGAGGAAUCAUACCACCAGUGGCGCAAGACAUUCAUCGCGCAAAUAUAGAAAACGUUGUGCAGCAAACAUUUCACCUGGCAGGCAUAUCGCCAGAAAAUGUUGACGCUGUGGCUGUGACAAAUCGCCCGGGACUUCCCCUUAGCCUUAUCAUUGGCUUGCGCUACGCAAAACAUAUUGCACGGAAGUAUGACAAACCGAUACUGCCUAUACACCACAUGCAAGCCCAUGCGUUGAUGGCACGAAUGAAUGCCGAUAUUUCGUUCCCUUUCUUGUGCCUACUAGUCAGUGGUGGUCAUUCGUUGCUAGUAUUCGUUGAAAGUACACACCGAUUUCGAUUGUUGGGUGAAACUCUUGAUGAUGCGCCCGGCGAGGCUAUGGAUAAAAUCGCACGACGCCUCAAGCUUCGCAAUAUUGCCGAGUACGCCCAUCUUUCGGGCGGCCGAGCCAUUGAACUGGCUGCCCUAGCUUCCGAUAGCGAUUCUUCCGCUUACGAUUUUCCUUUACCACUCUCCAAAUACCGCGACUGCCAGUUUAGCUUCGCUGGUCUGAAAAAUACAGCUACCAGGCACAUUCUGGAACAAGAAUCUGUUCUGAACCUUGGUCCCGAUGCUCUACUGCCGGAUUAUGCAGCGUUUUGUGCUUCAUUUUUAAAAGGAGUCACACGGCACAUGCUUCACCGAACGCAGCGAGCGAUUGAGUAUUGUGAGCGACACAACUUAUACGCAAACACUGAUCAGCAAAGAAGUUUGGUGAUUUCGGGCGGUGUUGCCUGCAAUGACGUCAUUUUCAAUGCUCUAAGUGCAAUGGCUAAACAGUUCGGUUACGGUUCUUACCGUCCCCAAAAAAGACACUGUACUGACAAUGGAACCAUGAUUGCUUGGAAUGGCGUCGAAAAAUUGCUUGCCGGUGAUACAAAGGAGUUAACUAAAGACUAUGCUACAGUAGACAUCAGUGGUAAGUGUGCAAUAGGAGAUAGCAUAGUUGAUGAUGUUAAACGAGCCAACAUGGCCUGCAAAUGGGCAAAAGUAGACAUAUUUCCUAAUCACGAUGCUGUUUGAU